GAAGUUUUAAUAUUCUGUGAUCUUUACAUUUUUACCAUUGCCAUUUCCUCUUUGAGGUGAUUGCCCACUCUUGUUCUCCCCCCUCUUGAGUGAGACGUACUUCCUCAUCCAACUCAUCUAUAACAACAGCAACAAAAGAAAGCGGUAUGGUAAAAUCAAGGGAUAUCUCGUCAAGGCGGGGCAAAGAUCACAGAUAUACCAUAAACAAUACGCUAUAAAUAAGAACCCUAAUGCAUCAUUUUGCAGUGAUCACCUUCUUCUUUUUCAUUUUCAGACCAGACUGGAACCUCUUUAGGCGUGUUUACUUGUUCUGAGUGGGGACAAAAGAAAAAGGAAUCAGCGUUGUAAACUUUUCUCCACUUAUCUGUCUUUAUGAGGACAUUUGCCGGGUUGUAUACAGAGAUUGUAUAUCUCCCUUUUCCGCCGAAUGAAUUGUUGAGCUGAUACAGUGAAUGAGUGGUAAAAGCCAUUUUCGUCAGAGUGGGGGAAAGUAUUGACCUUGUGGUCAACUCCCUUGAUAUCCGUUUGGCUGUGGUGGUAGAGGAACAGGAAAACACAAGCUGUGAGCCAUUCAGCUGAUUAAUUUGUCUGAUUUUUAUACGUACACGUUUCGAAGAAUUCUCCCCAUUUCUUCUCUGAAUUUGGCGAGACUACGCGUCUUGAAGAAAGCAAUGGCUACAGGGGCCUUAGAACUUUCCCAUGUGAAUCGGGAAAAUAUUACAGUAGCACAUCCAGAUUUUCCAAGGCUGCAAUCAGAAGAAAGUGCUGGUAUUAGAAGACCUCCUGGUAUAAAGAAAUCUAUAUCAUGGGGAAACCGAUCUGAUUAUACUCGGUCAUUGUCUCCACAAUCCUUAACUGUAGCUGUAUUUCUAGUGGAGAAGUCAGGCCGUCUGUUAAACUUGGAGGAGGGAAGAAACACUGAGGCAGGGACAAUUAAUACCAUCAUGUCAGAAAAUCUUUCUCUUCCCCCUAGUGCCUCUCAGGUGUUUUGUGUGUGGCUUAUUUCUCCUCUUUUACAACUUCAGUUGAAAUCUCAUCACAGGCCAUUCCGUCUACGUCAGGUAUGGCCAGAAUUACUCAAGAAAUUUACAAACACACCUGAUGAAGUUUGCGAGAAAGAUGAACCAAUUCUGUGUUAUCAAAGGAGUUCAUUUUUUCCUCUUAAAGAGGAACGGAGAAUUAAAGAUGACAGAGUUCUUAGAAGAUUAUUUGAAGAGGCCAAACACAAUGUUCUUUGUGGUAAUUACCCUAUCAGUUCCAAAGAUGCCCUCACAUUGGGAGGAAUGCUAGCUUAUAUAGACAAUGGCAAAUAUGAUAAAGAAGAACAUGCUCCUGGCUGUUUCAAGAACAAGCUGACAGACUAUUUACCUGCAUUUGUCUGCAAAUCCAGUUGGCCAUUCCUUGGUCGAUCACCUAAUUCAACUAUUGAGCAAAAACUCCUCCAGGAAUAUCAAAAUGUCUCUCAGCAAGUUAAAGAUGUCAAAGCCUGCCACAAAAUGUUCUUGGAGUACUGCUGGAAUUUUUCAUUUUAUGGGAGUGUGUUCUUCCGUGGCCAAAUUGAACGACCCACAUCCUCACUUCUGUCAAACAUCCUAGGGAAUUCUGACCUUCCCGUUAGAGUUGCUAUCAACAGAGAAGGUGUCCAUGUGAUUGAUGACAAUAAAAAUGAUAUACUUCUGAGCUUAGCAUUUGAGGAGUUAUCUUGGGACUACACGCCUGCCCCUGCACAUGAGCCUGGGUGUUUGGACACCUUUUGGUUAGAGUUUGAUGCUCCUGAUGGAAGCAGUGAUCCAGAAGAAGCAGUGCAAAGGUUACAGAUCUUCUCCAGACAGGCAGAAAUGAUGGAUGCCAUGGUAGAGUCUUGUGUUCUUUGUGAUGAACCUGGGCCACAUGGAACACUGGCUGGUAAAGUAAGAUGUAGAGUGGACCGGCUCAGUCUCUCGACUCUUGAAGGGACCUUGGACAGAAAGAAGGGGUCUAACAAGUCUUUCACUAUGUCCAACCCCUUCAGGAAAAGGCAUUCAACAGGUCAUUAAACAGACGGAGUGUAUAUCUUAGUUAUGAUGAUCAUCCCUCCAGUUGAUAAAAUGACGAUAUGGAGGCUGUCGUCAAAACAGUAGGAUAUAAGGACAUGAAAGUUUUGUAUAGAAGUCUAUAAUCAUAACAAGUUUAAGUCAAAGGUGUAAAUAGUUUCUUCUGUAUGGAUGCUACAAGACUAAGAUUUAAUGUUUUUCUGUGUCACUAUGGUGACUCUAAUAUUUGGUUAGUGGCUUGCGAAGUAGGGGCUGGAUAACCUUCAGUGAUCUUAUUUCGAGAAGUUGAUCUUGCACCAUAUCAUAGUCAACUCAAGUUUCAAUUAUUUUGUUUUGCCGUACUCAUCUGUCGCUAUAAACUUUUGUGACUUUAUGGGAAAACAGCAGUUUGUUUUUUUAAGGCCAUAUUGAAGCGACUCUCGCUGCCGGUGAAUUUUGCUAUGUUCUCUCGGUAGAUUGUCCUCACCUGUCCAAGAAAACUUUAGUGAGAGUAACAUUGAUCUGAAACCCUUAACAGUUAGAAGUUAACGUGUUGUAGCUUUUAGAUCAUACCUGUCCUGUUCCUCUGGGGUAAAAAUUUGUAGAAGGAAGCGCUUAUAUCCAGGUCGUUGAAGUCGCGUGCAAGUCAGUUCCGCUUGAAAUACUCAAGAACCUUUUUCAGUCACUCUUGUAACUUAGUUUUACCUUAUAAAUAACUGGUCAAUGAGAUUUCCAUGAAGCAUAUUUAAAAGAUUUAUUUUUUAAUCAAACGUUGGUAAAGGUUCAGGAUUGGUAGUAGGUUAGUAAAGGUAGUUCACAAAACGUUUUAAACUAAGAUAAAGAAAAAGAAGAAGUGUUGAAAAAUAAAGAAAUAAAAUACGGUUAUGUGGAAAA